AAACUUUUGUGGAAUUAAAUUUCAAUGCGAACUUGGCAAAAAGCGCGAACGGUUGGAUAGUAAAAAUGCAAAUUGUCUGCAAGUUGGGCAACAAAAUACUUCUCAUUUGUGUGCUUCUAGGGAUCUUAACAAUAGUUGGCGGCCAGCUUUUUUCCUUGAGUGUAGCUCCAAAGAAGUGUCAUGAUGUGUGUCCCAUGGGAUAUCGGGUUGUGUGUGCCCUGGACGUCCUAGAUGGCUGCCUUAGAUCCUUUGCCAGCAGUUGUGUGAUGCGAAUGUACAACUGCAAGUACCAGAAGGAUUAUCGCAUAAUAGCGGAGAGGGCAUGUGAAUUUAUCAGUAACGACGAACUUCUAGGGAUGGACAUCUAGCGGCGAAAUAUGAAAGCUGCUGGGUGCUGUUGUCUGCGGCCAGAGGGCGCCACCUGUCAACGGCGCACGCGUCGUAUACGCGAUGCAGGGCGCAGGGAAUUGCGCGUGGAUGCGAACGGGCAGGAUAUAUACCAGCAGCCAGCAGUGCUGUAUUUAUGUGUAACUCUCAACUCUCUAGGCACGCGUCACGUCACCUCCGCGAACGAAAAUCGCCAGUUUUCCUCCGUUAUUUUCCCGGAAAAUUCAUCCUUUUUGUACGCCAUCGUUACUGUUUUAAAUCGCACUAAUAAAUUAUUAUAAAUCGUA